AUGCAAAAAGUGGAAGCAUCGAUACCCUUGGUCUCGAUGAACCAGAUGCUUUAUUCAAAAAAAAGUCUGCAUAUCUCUUCCGCUCUUCGAUUUACCAGCAUGCUUAUCUUCUUUCUGCACUCAAUCAGCCCUGAGAUUUCCUCCUUUCAAGUGAAAUCUUCCAGCAAUCUUGGCAUACCUCGAGCAUCAGAAGAACAGGUAUCGGGUGGCCCAGCCCAACUAAUAUACCGCAUUGAGGAGGAGGUUCCAAGGGACACGGUUGUCGGACAUCUGGCCGAAGAUAUUCUGCAAGAAAUCUACGGUAUGGUUGCUCAAACUCCAGGCAUGGUAGGACCUGGCAGAGAAUCUUCGUUGGUAAGCCUAAUGGGCUUGUCGAUAGCCAAUCGUCGGGAGCGUGGUACUCACCACUUUCAGAUUCAAAAUCUAUUCAAGAAUGAGAUUGCUGUCCGUAUGCGAGUGAUGCUCCAUUAUUUUGUUAUUCAUCAGGCUUCUAUUUGUGGUAUUUCAGAAGUGAGACAUUAA